GAAUUAUUUAAAAUAGACGUUUAAUGGUAAGACUACGCCCAUAUCGUUAUCAAUGUCAUUCAACCUUUGAGGGUUAAUGUAUAAAAAGCGCGUUUUGAUUAAGAAGGUAACAGUUUGCAACAAAUUUGCAUAAUGAAGCUUCUUCUCCUGGGACUGUUGGUGGCCAUGCUGGUCUGGGGCCGGCAGACAAGAGCCCAGAAAGACAAAAGUGCUGGCUGUAUAGAGCGGGCCAUAUGCUCUAAAUACGAGCAUGAUGAGAUCCGCUUGAGACUCAUGCAUGGCACGAACUGCACCUCGUUCUGUCACUGCGCUACCUUGGCAAGCCAUGAUGACGCAACGGUGACCUACUACUGGGAGAGACAGAACUGCUCGGCAGGCACCCAGUUUGAUUCGUCGAAAGGAGUUUGCAACCAUGUUGGCGACUUUGUGUGUGAAGAUGGAUGGUUGACUCCACCUGCACAAUCAACGCAACCUACACCUACGACGCCUAUUGAUUGUUUGGUAUCGCAAUGGACGCCGUGGAGUGGGCCGUUGGGUUUCGGUCAGAUGACGAGAGAAAGAACAAUUCUUCGCCUCCCAGCCAAUGGAGGGGCCGCAUGCCCCGCCCAACUUGAAGAAGAGAAACAAUCAACUCAGAAACCGACCAUCCAAUCAACGGCGACCGCAAUGGUCAGUAACUUAAUAAGGCAGCCCAGUGUUAUUAAACGCGGUGAAGCUGUCGGUCAGUUGCGAGAUCUGCUUAUCAUAGUUGACUCUUCUGGAAGUAUCGGCCUCGCCUCUUUCGAGACCGCAAAGACGCAGCUUGCGCGACUCCUUGGCAUGUUGUGUCCUAUAUCAGAUCCAUUCGACAGCCGAUUCCAACGCGCCGCACUGCUUGAGUACUCGUCAGACGUCAGGGAGAUUUUUGAUUUCGACGAUAAACCGAAUACGAAACUCGUGCAACAAGGUGUCAAUUCCAUGCCCUACAUGAACGCUGGCACGUGCACGACGACCGCGUUCAAUUACGCAUAUAACAACAUGUUUAAUACGACAAAAGGCAUGCGCAAUUCCACAGAUGUCAAACAGGAAGUGCUAAUUUUGACCGACGGACAGUCAAACUGUGUUGGCAAUGUAACUUCGGCGGCAUUGAAGCUUCAAGAAAAAGCAGAUGUUUUUGGGCUCAUGAUUGGAAUCAACACACAGUCAGGUAUGAAUGAACUUACCAACUACGUGUCUUAUCCGAAAAAUAAGCAUCUGUUCGCCAUUGAAGGAUUUCAAGCAUUGGAGGCCCUAGUCAACGAGAUCGAAAAGCAAGUGAAGAACGUCCCGUGUGUUGCGUUUGAUGUUUAAAUUUGCAGAUUAUAGGUGGUUAUGUCUAAACACUCGGGAUUAUACUGAUCUAUAGGACCUUUCAAAUGCAAACGGAGUAAGAACUUCCUCCUUAUAAAUUUCUCAUUAAGAAAGUGUGUGAACACAUCAUGUAUCCUAAGAUAGUGCGUGUGUCUGUGUGCACGUGUAUGAUUUUAAUUAAAUGUAUAGAUCGUGAUAAAA